AUGCAAGCCGCCUUUGGACCCGACCGCACAUCGGUGGCUUCUCUCGCUGCCGACCUCAGCACCGACGCGGCCGCCGCUGUGGAGGGCUGGGUGCACGCGCAGAUGGCGCUACCAGCGACGCUGUUACGCUCCUACUUUCGGUCGAAAGCGAAUCCUCGGCUCCACUCGCCGCUGGCCACGGGCGGCGUGCGGCGUGCAUGCGACGCCUCCUCGCGCUGGCACCGGUACGCCUUCAGCAAGGAGGACGUGGGCAAGGCGCUCUCGGUCUCGGAAGAGAAUGGCGUCUACUCGUGGCGAGUCAACAGCGAGAUCCGCGUUGAGCUCGACUCGCCAUCGCUCGCGGCAGGCGAGUACACGCUGUGCGCAGUCAGCGAGUCAGUCGAUGGCAUGCUCCUCGUUGGGGCGCCUAACGACGCUUGCACUGACCUGACCUCCCUAACCAACCCCACCAUUGUCUUUCGCUCGCAAGCGGCAAUCGACGCCCUCUUUCUGCUCCCCGCAUCGUCUGCUACCCUCACUCCCAUCGCGGGCGUCGCCGACGCAGCUGUCCUCGAUGCUCUCGUCGGCGAGCCGACGCUGCCGCCUUGCACGGAAUCUAUCCUCCGAACUGAGGGGGGCGAGUUCUGGCGGUUUGAUGGCCGCCUCCACCUCGAGCAGAAUACGCUCGAUAGCCCCGCUGCGGGCGCAGAGUCGGAGCUAACCUACAAGUCGGGCUGCCCCAACGUCGCAAAGACCUUUUUGACGCGCGGAAAGUGCAAGCUGCAAGAGACGUGCGCCCCGCUCGUGUUCGGUAGUCAGCUGCUCCAGCUCGAUGCGGCGACGCUGCGCGCCUUCUACACGCUCAGCAGCAAGUACGUCUACGUCGUCGAGGGGCUUCGCCUCGAGACGCCGUACGACGAGUCGCCCUGCUCCGCCGCAACCACGCGGUGGGAAUUUGCUGACGGGCCGUGCGACGCUGACUCGCCGCUCGACCCGGCGACGCGGGACACGAUCGUCGACGCCAUCGCGGGCAGCAGCGACACGACCAACCCGUAUGUCCGCGAUGUGACCAUCGACAGCAGCCGCGUGUGCCUCCCGGAAGACACCGUCGGCGCCUCGCUCACCGUCGACAAUGACUGCUGGACGCACGUGCACCCGGACCACUUGGACGCGAGCAACCAUGAGGGCAACAAAGAGGCUGCAAAGGGAGGACGGCCCAACCCUAUCGUCAGCCCCGCUGAGGGCGGCGACUUCACGAUCCGCUACCCUCACCACCAUCUCAUGACGCAGUGGAACAAAAACGAGCAGUACAUGGGACGGCUCGGCCGGCUUGGAGACGCUGUCGGCUUCGCGUCGCUACCCACGAGCGUCCAGACGGUUGAGAUGGCGAACCUGGCGGGCGCCCUUUCGGACGAGCGCGGGCUCGGCGCGGCGGAGGCGUGCGGCUCACCGGGCGAGACAAACAAUGACCCAUCCAAGGCGAACCACUUUGGGCUCUACAUGACCGAGUACGAGAAUGGCUUCUCGGAGCUGUACGACCCCUCGUGGACGGGGGCCGCCAAAGGGAACGUCUGGAUCACUGUGGUCACCAGGCAGUCGAGCGACCAGCUGCGGCAGCGGGUAGCGUGGUCGCUCUCUCAGACCUUGGUGAUGAGCCACGAGGGCGUGGACACCCACCGCAAGACGGAGCUGUACCUGACCUACUACGACAUUCUGGUGCGACACGCGUUCGGAAGCUACAAAGAGCUGCUCCGCGAGGUGUCGUACAGCCCGGUGAUGGCCAAGUACCUCACCUUCCUCGAGAACAAGGGCCUCGUCGCCGGCGGUACCUACCCCGACGAGAAUUACGCGCGCGAAAUCAUGCAGCUCUUCACAGUCGGCCUGCACCAGCUCAACCGCGACGGCACGCUCGCACUCGACGAGGGCGGCGCCGCCGUGACAACCUACAGCAACGACGAUAUUAUGGACUUCUCGCGCGCCUGGACCGGCUUUGCACAGCAGGCGCCGCGGGGCAACAUCGAGAACUACGCGGGCGACGGCGACAAGAAUAUGAUCGAUCCGUGCAAGCUGCAGCCCGACUGGCGCGACGCCUUCCCCAAAAUGGACCUCUUCGGCGGCUACAUCGGCGAUGGCCACCCGCUCUGCGCCGACCUGCCGCCGCGCUCCUUCCUCCGGCUGGGCGCUACCUACCGGCUGCUCGGCCACUCGGACACGCCAGUCUGGACGGCAAAGGCGUCUGGCCCCUUCACGCCCGCGCUGGGCUCGCCGCUCCGCGAUUUCCUCGACGCGGCCCAGAGCGGCGACGUCGUCCUGACUAGUAGCCUGCCGUGCCACGGCGACGAGUGCCGCCUCCAGAGCGUCGAUGUCGUCGAGGUGCCGCGCGCAAGCGGGGGGAGCCUCUACUUCGAGUUCAUCCGCCCGCCGUGCGUCGAGUUCGCUUUUUACAAUGCGCCGCAGCGAGUGCGGGAGAAUCGCGGGAACCAGGACACCGUCCGCUGUGCCGACCCAACGACCCUCGGAGGCGGCACCGCGUGCUGCUCCGGCGACGGUACCACCGCCACGCCACAGUGCAGCUACAUUGGCGAGACGGUGACCUUUGACGAGGCGAGGCGCCAGUGCGCCUCGCUCGCGGAGCCCGGCUCGCACCAGGCGCUCUGCGACUGGUACUCGAAUCCGAUCGUCGUAAAACUCGAGUGCGGCUACACGUGGACCAACGCGGCCUGCGACCGGCUGCAGGUUCAAGUGCACCCGACGGGCUGGGUGAGCAUCGUCCACUCGGAUACGACGGACCUACAUUUCCAGCGGGACAAUCGGAACCUCUUCCGCGUGCGCUGGAGCGGUGGCAGCCACCCGACGCCGGACACAGGCUGCGCGUCCUGCGACGUCCAUGGCGACAGCUGCGUCUGCGAAGUGCAAGUGCAGGAGGUGCCGGUCUUCACGGACGGCGGCGCGAUGCCAGCGAGCGCGGCGGCCCUCCGGCAGAUGUUGCCGAUUGGGAGCGCCGCGCCAGACGCCUUCGACCCGGGCACGUACCAGCUGUGCAGCCUCGCCUGGUGCGACGCGGUGGAAGCAGAGGUCUAUCUCAGGCCCGGAGAGACGCGUCCGGCGCUCGACACGAUCUUCAAGGUCGCGAGUAACUCGAGCAUCGACGGCUUCGUGCACCUCCUCAACCGGGUGUCGACUGUCCGGGUCGGCGGCGAUGGCGACUUCAGCUUCCGGAACACGCCGCAUUUCGUCUCGUUCAUCCCGACGCUGCGCGCCGCCCGCGACGCGGAGCACGAGACCGAGGCCGUCCUCGACCACCUCGUCACGCACCCAAACACGGCUCCCUUCCUCGCCCACCGGCUCAUCCAGCGGCUGGUGACCUCGAACCCCUCGCCGCGGUACGUCAAGGCAGCAGCCGACGCCUUUGCGAGCGGCGCGCACACGGGCGGCCUCAUCUUCUCGGGCAAGUACGGCGACCUCGGCGCGAUGGUCGCGGCCAUCCUCCUUGACCAGGAGGCGAGGUCGCCCACGCUCGAGCUCGACCCGACCCACGGGCUGAUGCGAGAGCCCGUGCUCAAGGUGAUGCACGUCCUCCGCGCGAUGGAGUACACGUCGGUCGACGACCGCCACGUCGAGCUCUCGAGCAUGCAGAGCCGGAUCGGGCAGUUCGUCUUUGAGUCGCCGUCUGUCUUCAACUUCUACCUGCCCGAGUACACCCCUCCCGGGCCCGUCAUGGAGGCUGGCCUCGUCGCGCCCGAGGCGCAGAUCUGCACCACGCCCAACCUCAUCUCCUUUCUGAACGGGAUGGUCUCACUUGUGAUGGACGGCCUCACGAGCUGCUGGAAGGGCUUUGGGUGGGGCAACACCGGCUGCGGGGGCCUGUGGCAGAACCUCGCCCGCCGGCGCGCCGACGCCGACGGGAGGCUCGCCUUUGCUCCAGUGGACCAGUCGCCGGCCGGCGCGGUCGCCGCGCUCGACCUGUACCUGACGGGCGGCCGGCUGCAGGAGAGGACGAGGGGCCUCGUCGUGUCGCGCUUCGAGGAGGAGCUCCUCACCAAGAACUUCUCGGAGGCGUUCCGCAUCGCCCAGCUCCUCGUCCUCUCGGCGGCAGAGUUCCACACCACAAACGCCGCCGCGAUGAGCGACGAGUACCGGCCGCAGCCGCAGAGGGCCGAGCCCGCGGGCCGGCCAUACAAGGCCAUCGUCGCGCUCUUCCUCCACGGAGGUGCCGACUCGUACAACAUCCUCGUGCCGCACUCGGGCUGCAAGGACGCGGACGGUGCCUCGCUCGACCUGUACGCGGAGUACGCCGCCGUGCGCGGCGAGGGCCUCGCCAUCCCGCGCGACGACCUCCUGCCAAUCACAGACACGCUCCAAGCCCCGGGCCAGGCCUGCUCGACCUUUGGCCUCCACCCGCGGCUCACCGAGGUCCAGACUCUCUUCGGUGAGGGCGCCGCGGCCCUCUUCGCCAACGUCGGAGCGCUCGCGGAGCCGAUCACCAAGGCCGAGUUCAAGGCAAAGACGAAGCCGCUGCCGCUGAGCCUGUUUGCGCACAACGCGCAGCAGAUCGCGGCGGCGAACCUCCACGCCGACUCCCUCACCGCCAAGGGCGUGAUGGGGCGGCUGGCGCACGCGCUCGCGUCGCAGGACCCGCCAUACCGAGUCGGGUCCUACUCGAUCGACGGCAACCAGAAGAUUCUGCAGGGCGACGGGGAGCCCGCGAGGAUCAUUAACCGCAAAUCUGGCAUCGACCAGUUCACCUACUACUCCACCCUGGGCGAGACGCUCGCAAACUUGUCGGCGACGCGCGCUCGCUCCGUGUUUGCAGAGACGUACGGCAGCAGCCUCGGCGAGGCCUUUGAGCAGAGCGAGGGCCUCGGCGCCACCCUCGAAAGCGCGCAAGUGUCAGACGAGUACGCCGCGGCCAACGCGGCGUACGACCCCAACUCGCAGCUCUGCCAGCAGUUCGAGCAGGUCGCCAAGCUCAUCGGCCUGCGGAGCAACCCGCUAGAGGCGGAGCGUGACGUCUUCUACGUGCAGCACAGCGGCUUUGACACGCACUCCGACGCCGGUGGUAUCCUCGACGAGAAGAUGGAGGAGUUCAACGCCUGCGUCGGCGCCUUUGUGGCCGAGAUGAAGCGCACCGGCACAUGGGAGCAGGUCACAGUUGUGACUCUCUCCGAUUUCGGCCGCACGCUCACAUGGAACGGCCGAGGAACGGACCAUGCAUGGGCGGGCCACCAGAUGGCUCUGGGCGGAGCCCUCAAGAGCGGCCAGGCUUCUGCGCGCCGGCUGAUCCCCACCAUGCCAUGGGAGGGCAUCUGGCAUGCCCUCGCACAAUGGUUCGGGGUUAGCGACGCCGACACCAUGAAGACCAUCCUGCCCAACCUCCACCGCUUCGACCCGGUCGCCAACCACAUCAUCACCGCGGAGCAGCUCUUCGAAGCCGCGCCGCCAAGCCCGCCGGUGCCGCCGCCAAGCCCGUCGCCCCCACCAGCGCCGCCCGCACCCCCGUUGUCACCGCCGACGAUGCCGCCGCCGCCCAAGUCGCCGCCACAGCCAAACAUGCCACCUCCGCCAUCCCACUGCCGUGGGCCCAUCAUGAAGUCGUGGGAGGGGAUGAACACGUGGUGGUCUGACCGCGACGCGCGCGAGAGCGACUGCAGCUUUCUUUGCGUCGGCAACCACAACGACGGCACCCGGCGCAACCCUGGCUGCCAGUGCUUCCAAUUCUCCACCGCAAACGGCGGCUCGUGCGUCAUCUACCACCAGGCCCCCUCGUCUCCACCGUCGUUGCCCGCGCCGCCGCUGUCGCCUCCCCCGCCGCCGUGCGUGACGAUCGUGGCGCCUCCUGUGCGUGACCAGUGGGGCACCGACCACAACCAAGCAAAUCUCUCCGGCAAAGGCGACUGGUCACGGUCCGACAUCCAGGCCUACACGGGCUACGACGCGGCGCAGUUCCGCGUCGUCUCGAUCAGGUACUGCGCCUCGAUCACCUUUAGCGCCGGCAUCGGCAAGCUGCGCCUCAAGGUGAAGGCGGAGGGCCUAGCUGACGCCAGCGUGGACGGCCAAUGGCUCGUGAGGUCGCCGCGGCGCGGUGGCAGCGCCACGACGCUGACGGACGCGUGCUGGGAGGCGGGCGCGACAGCACUGAUGCCCGAGACGGCGGACGGCGCGCCCUUCACAGGCACGUGGCGCGCGGACGGCGACCUGAGUGCCUUCAUCGAUGCGGGACUCGGCACGGAUCUCCACCCGACGGUGUCUCUCUCGGUCAACACGGACAGCGACGACGAUGUCAGCGACUCCGCCUUUGGCAUGAUCGACAGCUUCUCCGCAACCUUCUGCUACGCUCCGCACCCGCCGCCAUCGCCGCCGCCCCCGUCGUCGCCCCUUCCACCGAGCCCGCCACCGCCUGCGCCCCCGCCGCCGUCGCCGCAGCCGUCGCUGCCGCCUCGGACGCCGCCACCGAGAGCCCCAGGCGCCACCACCACGACCGUCGGCGCCCCCGCCGAGCGCACCCCCGUCGCCGUCGCCACCGCCGCCAUCCGCACCACCAGCGAGGCCGCCGCCCUCGCGGCCGCCAUCGUCACCGCCAUCGCCGUUCCCGUCGCCACCGCCGGUGAGCAGUGCAAAAGCGUGGCCAUCUGGGACCUGGGCGGCUGGGUGCACCCCGGGGGCAGCAUUGUGACGGCCUCCAGCCUCUGUGGCCUCGUCCGGUACAACUGGCGCGCGCACACAAACAGCCAUGUCGGUGAGGAUGCGGAGAGCGGCCAAACGCUCAGCGGCGGCGGCGAACGAGUCGGGACGUAUACCCACCCAGGCUGCUCCUCGCUCUCACCCUCGCCGCCGCCGCCAUUCUCCCCGCCGCCGCCGCCCUCGAAGCCGCCACCGCCAUUCUCGCCGCCGCCGCCACCCUCGCCGUCGCCGUCGCCCCCUCCCUACCCUCCGGGCACGACCGUCUUUGACGACGUUGUCACCUUCAACGUCACCUUCGCGGCGGACUGCGCCAGCUUCAACGAGACCGCGUUGCAGCGGCGCCUCGCCUACCUCUUGGACGUGGAGCCAGCCCGCGUCUUCCUCUCCGUCGCGUGCGGCUCUGUGCUCGUCUCUGUGCAGAUCGUCGCGCCAAACCGGCCAGCGGCCGAGGCCCUCGUGCAGACCCUCUCCGCCGAGGUGCUCUCGAGCGAGCAGGCCGCCUCGGACGCGCUCGGGGAGGAGGUGAUUCAUGUCGGCCUCGUUGAGCUGGGCGCGCCGCUCGUGGUGCCGCCCCCCGAAGGAGCGCCCCCCGAAGGAGCGCCGCCCGACCCCGGAGGCGGGGGGGCCCCGGCCGGGUCACGCACGAUGCUCAUCGCCGUCAUCGCCACGCUCGCGCCGCUGGCGUGCUGCGUGGCGGCGGCGGCGGCGUUCUUUGUGCUACGCGGGCAGAGGGAGACGUCCAAGCGCGACAAGGACUACCGCUACAUGGCCACCUCGGACCUGCUGUCUGAGCUGCAGAAGGAGAGUUUCAAGCCCGACACCGACGGCGAGAAGAAGAUCUGCAAGGCGAUCCUCAAGCUCCUGAACGACCAGAGCUCAGACGUUCAGGGCCUCGCCGUCAAGUGCCUGCCGCCUCUCGUGCGCAAGGUGCACGACGCACAGGUGGACGCGAUCAUCACCGAGCUCUGCAAGUUCGUGCUCGAGGGCAAGGAGGAGCAGCGCGACAUCUGCGCCAUCGCCCUCAAGACAGUCGUCGUCGAGAUGCCCUCCUCGAUGGGCGGCGCCGCCGCGAGGCAGUUGGUGCCUCGGCUCGUCUCUGGCGUGCUCAAGGACAAGCUCGAGGUGAAGCUCGAGAGCAUGGACAUCCUGAACGACGUCCUCCGCCGCUUCGGCUCCCUCCUCAAGCCGGAGCUCUCGGCGCAGUGCAACGACGCGCUUUUUGCGCAGCUGGCCUCCACGCGCGCGGCGACGCGCAAGCGGGCGAUCUCGUGCAUCGCGGCGCUGUCGGCGGCGCUGUCGGACAAGCUGCUCAGCCAGCUGGUCGGCUCGAUCGUCGAGCGCAUGAAGAUGCCUGCCGUCGACCUCGACCUCGGCCGCACCUACAUCCAGACGCUGUCCGCCAUCUCGCGCUCGGGCGGCUACCGGCUCGGCCGGCAGCUCGAGCUGGUGAUGCCGCUCGUGCUGCAGCAGUGCGAGCCGGGCUCGUCCGCCCCGGGUGCCUCGGACCCCGAGAUGAUCGAGUCGUGCCUGCAGGCCUUCGAGUCGUUCGUGUCUCGCUGCCCGGCCGAGGUUGGCGCGUAUGAGGAGCCGAUCGCAAAGGCGUCGCUGCACUACCUGCGCUUCGACCCAAACUACGCGGACGACGACGAGAUGGAGGAGGACGACAACGACGAGGAGGAGGAGGAGAUGGAGGACGACGAGGACGACGAGAACUACUCGGACGACGACGACGUCUCGUGGAAGGUUCGCCGCGCCGCGGCCAAGGUCCUCUCUGCGGCGCUCGUUUCGCGGCCAGACAAGCUGGCUGCGAUGGUGCCGCGCGUGGCGCCGACGCUCAUCUCGCGCUUCCGCGAGCGCGAGGAGAACGUCAAGAUGGACGUGUUCGCCACCUUCAACGUCUUGCUCGAGCAGGUGGGCAUCGCCAACCGCGCCGCCUCCGAGGCGGCCGCCGCCGACGCCAUGGUUGUGGACGGCGAGGGAGGCGGCGCGGUCUCGCCCGCGGCCACGGCGCUGCUGGCCGAGCUGCCGCGGCUGAUCAAAGCGCUGUCGCGGCAGCUCCAGGAGAAGGCCGUGCGCACGCGCACCGCCGCCUUCAACUGCCUCCGCCAGCUCGCCUCCUCCCUGCCCGGCUGCCUCGGAGAGCACGCGAGCUCGCUCGUGCCCGGCGUCGUGCGCGCGCUCAAGGACGCCUCCGCCAACCCGCUGCGGAUCGAGGCGCUCGCGUUCCUGCAGCUCGCGCUGUCGACGCACCCGCCGGCGGUCUUCCAGCCGCACGCGGCGACCCUCGUCCCCACCGCCCUCCGCGUGUCGGCGGAGCUCGCUCGCGUGCUGCGACCGUCGCCGCCCGACCCGCCCACCUUCGACUUCGCCGCGCUGGUCGCGCCGCUCUUCACCUGCGUCUCGGCGCGGCUGGUGGCGCAAGACCAGGACCAGGAGGUCAAGGAGCGCGCCAUCGAGUGCGUCGGCGCCGUCGUCUGCCGCCUGGGCGACCUGCACGCCGAGGCGCUGCCGGCGCUGCUUCCCGUGCUGCUCGAGCGGAUGCGCAACGAGAUGACUCGCAUCGCAGCCGUCAAGACUUUCGCGCUGCUCGCCGCCGCCAAGGUCGACGCCCAGCUCGCUUCGCCGCUCGCCGGCACCGGCGGCAGCGUGCUGCAGGCCGUCGUGGGCGAGCUGGCCAACUUCCUGCGCAAGUCGGACAAGCCGCUGCGGCAAGCCGCCCUCUCGGCGCUCGACACCAUCGUCACUUGCCACGCGGCGGCGCUCGCCCCCGCAGACUAUGACGGCGCGCCGGAGCGGAGCGUGCUGGAGCAGAUGCCGCCCCUGCUCUCCGACGCGGACUUGCACGUCGCCCACCUUGCCCUCGGCGUGGCGCGUUCCCUGGUGCUGCAGGCGGCCGACGCCACGGUGCCCAAGCUCGCGCCGGCCAUCGUGCCGCGCACGCUCUCGCUGCUGCAGUCGCCGUUGCUGCAGGGGUACGCGCUCAAGUCGGCGUUCGACUUUUUGGCCGCGCUGGUGGCACACGGCGCCAAGCCGCUCGACUUCUCCUCCCUCACCAAGCGCAUCCUCGCGCUCGCCGACUCCGACGGCACCGCGGCGUCGCGCCACUCGCUCGGCGUCCUCUCGCAGGCCAUCGCCGCGUGCGCGACCGAGGCGAAGGCGCCGUUGCGCGCGUCGACCGUCGACGCAUUCGUCAAGCAGCUCGGCGCGCCGUCCGAGUCGCCGCACAAGCGCGUGCUCGCCCUCAUCUGCCUGGGCGAGAUUGGGGCCAAGAACGACCUCUCGGCGCACAAGGGGCUGCUGCCCGCGGUGAUGGCCGCGUUUGACGUCAACGAGGAGGAGUACAAGGCGGCGGCCUCGUACGCGCUGGGGCACGUGGCUGCGGGCAACCUCUCCUUCUACCUGCCGCACCUGCUCAAGGAGGUGGAGGCGGGCAAGCACGAGGCGCGGCAGCGGCGCUUGCAACCCCGCGCCCCCUCCCGCAUCCCUGUCGCGGUCGCAGUCACCACAAGCACACGCGCGGCUGAGACGCGCCGCCGCUCCGCCGCUCCGCAGUACCUGAUGCUGUCCGCGCUCAAUGAGCUCGCCAAGUCGGGCGGCGCUUCCCUCGCCGCCGUCGUGCCGCAGCUCCUGCCCACCCUCUUCACCUUUGCGGAGCGCGACGAGGAGGGCGUGCGCAACGUGGGUCCCGUCCUGCCAGAGCUCGAGUCGCGCCUCUCGCACGCCUCGCCAAACGUGCGGUCGGUGGUUGUGCACGCGCUGCGCUUCACCCUCACCGAGGAGGCGCGCCGUGCAGUGCGGCGCGGCGCGCUGCUGACGCUCAACUGCAUCGCGCACAGCCGGCCCGCCACGCUGCGCGACCCGAUCAGCGGCGGCGAGCUGCUGCCGCUCCUGUACGGCGAGACGGCCAAGCGGCCCGAGCUCGUGCACCAGGUCGACCUCGGCCCGUUCAAGCACUUUGUGGACGACGGCCUCGAGCUGCGCAAGGCACAGCACACACGCACGCGCACGGAAGCACGCACGCAGCCCAUCCGCUUUCGGCCGGGCCUUGCCCUCCGCGGCUGCGCCGCGUUCGAGUGCAUGGACACCCUCCUCUCCAAGCCUGUCGUCCGGGAGCGGCUCGAGCUCUCUCCCUUCGUCGCGCGGCUCGCCGAGGGCCUCGCGGACGAUGCGGACAUCAAGAUGCGCUGCCACGCCAUGCUCGUCGCCCUGUCCGCGCUGCCAGCUGGCCAGCCCGUGCUCACCGGCGCACUCGACACGCUCCUCGAGCCGCUGCGCAAGACGCUCAUCGCGCAGCUCAAGGACAACGCGGUGCCGCAGCAGGUGGAGCGGCACGACGACCUCGUCCGCUCCGCGAUGCGCGCCGUGCGCGCGCUCGAGCGGCUGCCCGAGGCGGAGACGGUGCCCAAGCUUGGCGAGCUCGUGCGCAACACGCUCAAGGCGGGCCGCCUCGCCGACAAGUACGCCGCGGUCUGCGCCGAGGAGGAGGCGAAGCCGGCCGACGGCGAAUGAUGACGCGGGCCUCUCCGCGCAAGAAGAGGUUCUGCGAGCCUCCGGCGCGGCCCUCGAAGCCUCCCGUACGUACUCUCUGUCCAGGUGCCUCGUUCUCCGUGGGCGGUGGCUUUGGGAAGGCCAGGGAAAAUUGUGGGCGCACGGCGCACGGCGGUCACGUGUGUAACACGUACUAUAGCCGCGUAAAAGCUGGUUUCAAUAUGCAAAA